GUCACCUCGGCAUCUUAUUCAAAACCCAAAUCUGUUAGGAUUCAUCCCAUUACUUAGUACAUGUAUCUUAACCAAGGAUCCUAGCAAGUCCGGCGGCAAAUAUCCUUCCCCUCCCCCUUUUAUUUAUUUAUUUAAAGAUCCGGACCUCCACCUGGAUGGCUUAAUAUAAACAACCUAAUAGGUAUGGCCUUCCUCGUCGGCAGCACGGAGCCAGUACUCCAGCGCCUCGCCGUUCCCGCCGUUUGCCUCCUGAUCGCUUUCCUCGCCUACGCCUCGCAAUGGCUGUUCGCCACCGCACCGGACCUAGCCCCGGGCCCGCUCACCAAAGCCGAGAUCUACACCUUUAACAGCCUGGUGCUAUGUCUGUGGUAUACGUACUACAAGGCCUGCACCGUCGACCCGGGCCGCUACGUCUUCCCGCCGGAUUACAUCAAGAAAAAUAAGAGGAAGAGGAAGAGUACCGAUGGCCCCGGGGAGGAGGAGGAAGAAGAGGAAGAAGAAGAGUUGGAUCCCCGACGGAUACAGCGCUGGUGUAGGAAAUGCGCGGCACCCAAACCGCCUCGCGCCCACCACUGCAAGACAUGCCGUCGGUGUAUUCCCAAGAUGGACCACCACUGCCCCUGGACCUCCAACUGCGUCUCCCUGCAGACCUUCCCGCACUUCUUCCGCUUCCUCGUGUACACGAACCUCUCCCUCUGGACCCUGCUCGCCUUCCUCCUCCGCCGCUUCCUCGCCCUCUGGGAGACCCGCCACCUCCCCGCGUACCUGGGGCCCUCGCUGUCGCAGCUCGCGCUGCUCACGGUCCUCGCCUUCACCGCCGGCGCGACGAGCCUGGCCCUGGGGUUGCUGCUCGCCACCACGCUCAAGGGCUGGGUCUUCAACACCACCAUGAUCGAGAGCUGGGAGAUCGAGCGCCACGAGUCCGCCCUCGAGCGCCGCUACGAGUCCGCUUCCGACGACCCUUACUCCCCUUCCUGGUGGGGCUCCGGCGAGCGCGCCCCCGGCGGCGACCCCGAUACCCUCGACCCCGUCGAGUUCCCUUACGACAUCGGCUUCUUCGCCAACAUGGCUGCCGGCAUGGGCACGCGUAACCCGCUGCUGUGGUUCUUCCCGUUCGCGGGUGAGCCGAGAGUCGCUCCUCUGGGCAAAGAUAACAAUAGCAACAACAACAUUAGCAAUAGCGGUAGCGGUGGUGGUGGUGGUGGUGGUGGUAAUAGUAAUAGCGAGAACGACAUCAUCCUCAUGACCGGCGCGGGCGCGGGCGUGGGCUGGACGUACGAAGAAAACGGGCUCAACGACCGCGAGGGCAUGUGGCCGCCGCCGGACCCGGACAAGGUGCGCCACGCGCGGGCCUGGCGCGCGCGCAAGCGCGAAGCGGACCGGGCCCUGGCGGACGCGCGCUUCGACCGCUCGGCGAACCCCGAGCACGAGCGGGAGGCGUUCCGCCGCCGCCAGGCGCGGGAUCUGCGGCGGUGGCGGGCGUCGCGGGCCCGCAUACUAGGCGAGUUGGAGGAAGUGCCCCUUGAUGACUACGACGAUAAUGGUUAUUAUGAUGAUCGCGAUCGCGAUUACGAUUUCGUCGACGAGGCGUACGAUGGAAGAUUCGGGCCGGGACGCGCUUCGGCCACCGCCACCGCCGUCGCGAUGGUGGGGGGGAGUGACGGCGGUAGUAGUAAUAAGUACGGCUGGGCGAAUGCCGACGGCGAACACCUGGGCGACUACGGGGUAGACGAGGACGCCGAGUUUGGCGACGAGCCGGCGGUAGAGCUAGAGCUAGAGCGGUCGGCGCGACGACCGUCGACGGGGGAGGAAUUGAUACCCGUGGAGGACGAAGAUGUUCCUCUUGCGGAAUUGAUACGUAGGAGGAAAGUUCGCACGAAAGAUGAUGAGGAUACGUGAUUUGUGUACGGCCUCCCUCCCCCAUUUUUCGACUGCCUACUACCUUAUUUUAUUAUUUAUUGGAUAUGUCACGAUGGGAUAAAGAAGAUAGA